UGUUCGUUCAAAACCGGAUAGUGAAUAUGAUUAUUCAAAACUACAAUAAAUUUAAUUUUGACUGAGUAAAUUUAAAAAAAAAAAUCAAAAGUGAUUAUGUGGGAAAUACGGAAACAAUUACUGUUUUUAGUGAAGGAACAAAUACAGUGAUCAUUAGCAGGAUUUAGGACACGUUGUACAAAAACGAACGCCUAAUACCAAAAGAAGAAUACUUAUUGGGAAAACAUUUUUCGUAAUUCUUGCCAAAUAAGAUGAACUUGUUACUGCUGCUAGCGUUGCUAGCCGUGCAAUCGUAUCCUAGGAUCAUCUUCGGGGCGCGAAUAUUGGCGAUAGAAUCGUAUGGAAGUAAAAGCCACUGGCAGUACAUGAAGUCCAUACUAGACUUGUUGGCGGUCCGGCACCAGGUGACGGCCAUCACGCCACUGCCCACCGGCGACCGAGAAAAUUACACGGAAAUUGACGCGUCGCGGGUGUUUCCUAUCUACCCAUUGACAGACGUAAUGGAAAUGAUCGAGCAGUUCGGAUCGGCGAUGAACUUGCUGCCGCCGUUGCCGGAGCGCAGCCACGAGCGCGACAUUUGCGACGCUUUCUACGACUUUGCACCGAUCAGAGACCUAAUAAACCGCGGUGCCGAUGGACGGUACGACGUAGUUCUGCUUGAGCCGUUUUACUCACCGUGCCUGUCGUACCUGGCGCACAAGAUGCGGGUGCCUGAAAUCUAUGCGAUCCCCUCGUCGAUGAUCACGGCCAUGGAGUCAAUGUUAUUCGGCACCGGGCCCAACCCGUCGUACGUGCCACAUCUUCUGUACAACGGAGCGGUCAUGGACGGCUUCAUGCAGCGGCUGACCAACGUUGCGCUGUUCGCGUACAUCAAAAUCGUGCUAUGGCUGACCAACGUCCGAAUGAUUUACCGAGAACCGAGACCCUACGACAUGGCCGACAUCCGGCACAAACCAUCGUUGGUGUUUAUCAAUACACAUUUCAUCACCGAAUCGCCGCGACCGUUCCCAGUCAAAAUGAUACAGAUCGGAGGCAUCCAUCUGCAGCCACCCAAAGUGUUACCGGAAGACAUAUUAGAAUUUAUUGAAAAUUCGCCACAUGGAGUAAUAUACUUUACAUUUGGAUCAGUGUCAUCAAUGGCAACAUUGCCAAAACACAUUCUACAAACAUUUAUUGAAGUGYUUGCACAAGUUCCUCAAAGAGUAUUGUGGAAGUAUGACGGUGAAAUUAGUGACUUACCUAAAAAUAUCAUGACCAGAAAAUGGUUCCCACAACGGGAUAUUCUUCUUCAUCCAAAUGUAAAGUUAUUCAUAAGCCACGGUGGAAUAGCUGGAGUGUAUGAAGCUGUAGACGCUGGAGUUCCAAUUCUUGGAUUCCCUCUUUUUUAUGACCAACCAAGAAAUGUGGGUAAUUUAGUGGACGCGGGAAUGGCGUUAUCGAUGGACUUAUUGACUGUUAAUAAAAUUGAGUUUUUGGAAAAAAUUAACAUGCUUUUAAAUGAUAAAAAGUUCUCUAUCCGUGCAAAAAUCGUUUCGAAACACUUCAAGGAUCGUCCACUUCCGCCAUCAGAAAUGGUGAACUAUUGGUUUGAAUAUGUACUUCGCCAUAACGGAGCUUCCCAUUUGAACUCUAAAGCUUUUAAUCUGACUUGGUACCAAUACUUUUUGUUCGAUAUAAUCACUGUUGUAGUUAUACUGCUUGUUAUUUUUGCUUACUUGACGUUUAUUCUAUUCCGUUGGUUUCAAUAUUAUACAUUAAAGUUGUAUAAACUAAACCAAAGUCACAUUACUGUUAAGAAAUAGGUAGUUGAUAAUUAUAGAUCAAGAAAAAAUGUAUUAAUGUUUUUUAAGUUAUAUAGUCUAAAACCUAAAUGCGUUUAAUUUUCCUUAUAUUUUUUUAAACAGUCCAAAGAUAAUGUUCAUUAAAUUAUCUAAAAUAUCGAAUUAGGUCUUUGAGUACUCAUUUUUACAAUCUGACGCACAAAAAGUGAGCGUUUCAUGAAACUAAUUUUCAUUGGAUGUUAUCAAAAUAAUUGGUGCAUUUUUUUAAAUAUUGUACAUAUUAUACUCUUCCAUAGACUUUAUACUAUAGAUACUACACAUAAUAUAACUAUACCUUAUCCCUUUAUACCAUAUACUUUAACUCAUAUAUCAUACAGAUAUACCUAAUACCAUAUAUCAUACAAUAUAUUCCUUAUCCCAUAGAUUCUUUCAGUGGCGCACCCAAGGGAGGGCUUUGGGGC